UCGGAAAGGAAGCAGCUCGAACACUGCCUGCGCAACCAACUGACUACACUCAGAUAUUUACUCUAAACCAAAGUCAAAAGCAGCUUUUCAGCUUUUGAUAUAGUGAACUUAUUUUUCCCCACAAAAGCUCGUAAACCAAAAACAUCCAUUUGCUUCCUCUUUUGAACAUUGACCGGCUGGUAGCCUGGGACAUUUAAAGGCAGCUCGCGUCAUUACUUCAAUAGUUGUUGAAUUCUAACUAGGUAGGAUUUCCCUGCCGCCGCCAACAUGUCAGAGACAGCCGGGGAGGCGAAGCCCGAGGUGAAGCAGGCGAGCAAAGAAGUGAAGGAGAGCGAAAAUGUCGCGGAGAAAUAUUCAGCCAUGACCGUCAGUAAGAACAGUGACAUUAACAUGGGAGAGCUGGCGUCUGUCUUCAGCGCUGUACCCACUCACAAACCAGUGAAAAAGCAAAUUCAGUUUGUUGAAGAAAAGCAGGAGUUCAGCCGGUUCCCCACGAAAACAGGCCGUCGCUCACUGUCCCGCUCCAUCUCUCAGUCCUCCACCGACAGCUACAGCUCUGCUGCAUCCUACACUGAUAGCUCAGAUGACGAGACCUCGCCUCGGGACAAAACACAAAUCAAUUCCAAGGGCAGCAGUGACUUCUGCGUGAAAAACAUCAAGCAGGCUGAAUUUGGCAGACGUGAGAUUGAGAUAGCAGAGCAAGAUAUGUCGGCGCUCAUCUCACUCAGGAAGAGAGCACAGAGUGAAAAACCUUUAGCGGGUGCCAAAGUCGUGGGCUGCACUCACAUAACUGCUCAGACUGCAGUGCUGAUUGAGACUCUGGUGGCUCUUGGGGCUCAGUGCCGUUGGACUGCUUGUAAUAUAUAUUCAACGCAGAAUGAAGUUGCUGCUGCUCUUGCAGAGAAAGGGGUUGCCGUGUUUGCUUGGAAGGGAGAAUCUGAGGAUGACUUCUGGUGGUGUAUUGACCGCUGUGUCAACACUGAGGGCUGGCAGCCCAACAUGAUCCUUGAUGAUGGUGGCGACCUGACACACUGGGUGUACAAGAAAUAUCCAAAUGUCUUCAAAAAGAUCAGAGGCAUUGUGGAGGAGAGCGUUACUGGGGUUCACAGGUUAUAUCAGCUUUCUAAAGCAGGAAAGCUGUGUGUUCCAGCCAUGAAUGUUAACGACUCUGUGACAAAGCAGAAGUUUGACAACCUGUACUGUUGCAGGGAGUCUAUCUUAGAUGGCCUGAAGAGGACCACAGAUGUGAUGUUUGGAGGCAAACAGGUGGUGGUAUGUGGUUAUGGCGAGGUUGGAAAAGGUUGUUCUGCAGCCCUGAAAGCUUUGGGAGCCGUUGUCUAUGUUACAGAGAUUGAUCCCAUCUGUGCCCUGCAGGCCUGCAUGGAUGGAUUCAGGGUCGUGAAGCUGAAUGAGGUCAUUCGCCUGGUUGAUGUCAUCAUCACAUGCACUGGGAAUAAAAAUGUGGUUACCAGGGACCAGCUUGAUCGAAUGAAAAAUGGCUGUAUUGUGUGCAACAUGGGCCACUCUAACACUGAGAUAGAUGUGGCCAGUCUAAGGACUCCCGAGCUGACUUGGGAACGAGUCCGCUCUCAGGUGGAUCAUGUCAUUUGGCCUGAUGGGAAACGGGUCAUCCUCCUGGCUGAGGGACGCCUCCUGAACCUUAGUUGUUCAACCGUUCCUACCUUUGUCCUUUCCAUCACAGCAACCACUCAGGCCUUGGCGCUCAUAGAGUUAUAUAAUGCUCCAGAGGGACGGUACAAGCAAGAUGUUUACUUGCUUCCCAAAAAAAUGGAUGAGUACGUUGCCAGUCUGCACCUGGCCACUUUUGAUGCCCAUCUGACAGAGCUCACUGAUGAGCAGGCAAAGUACCUGGGUUUAAAUAAAAAUGGACCCUUUAAGCCAAACUAUUACAGGUAUUAGGCUGCCGGCACAUAGAACACCUCUAUAUGGAUCUGUAUGUUUUUGAUUAACCGUCCAUCUGGCAAAAGAUAUUAUUGUAUAAUCAUAUAAGUAUAAUGUAUUUUACACUAUUCACAGGAUGCACAAGCUAUAUUUAGAAAGAUUUUACCUGCUGCUUCCUUUAGCUGACGCACGUGGCACUUAAUCGGCUAUAAAAAGGUUAAUGUAAUAAUAACAGCACCCAGAUGUCUAAAAGAAAAUUUAUUGAAUGUGUUUCCUUACCUGCUGAAUCAUGUCUGAUAGCUUUUUCGGUAAACAGUGCCAAAUGACAGCCAGAGUAAAGGGUUUGUAUUAAUGAAGAGGGAAAAAUAGAAUUAAGAUAAAUAUGUUGUCAUUUGUAUAUGAUUACUGUAUGAGAUGUAAUUAGGAAAGAAGCAUUCAUAGAAUGCACCAAUUAACAGCUCCCAGUUAUUCUCUUAGCUGGAUGCUGGAUUUUUGUUGUAAUGUUGAUGCAGAAUGGCUGUGAAACCAUGUUUGGAUGUGGGCUAUCUUUAUGAUGAGUGGCGUUGAUUUUUUUUUUUUUUUUUGCUGAAAGUGGACCAAGUGUGAGUUAAAUGUCCUGUUGCUGGACUUAUUUUUUUUUAAGUUGCCUAGUAAGAGGCUUUAUUAUGAUAACGAGAAUGGUUCGCUUACAGGGUGAGCCAUAGCGACUGAAAUCAAUCCUUUAUUUACACAGGUUGUUUUGAGUACUUCUACCACCUGAUGGCCAAAUAUAGCUCAGUGCUGCUUUAAUGUUUCUAUGAUACUAUAAAACAUGUAUUCAUAACAGACAUUCCAUUGAAAGGAGAAGAGGUAUUCUGAUCUUUAGUAAUAUUGCUACUAACACAGCUAACCUGAAGAUCUGGGCAAAAAGUAACUUUGGUUCCUGUGUACCAGAACAGAUAGGGUUUUCUUUUUUAAUGUUUAAAUGAUAAUGUUUUCACCACCUGAGGGCAUUGGCAUCAUUUUUAUAUAUUCUUCUUACAAGAUAAAUUUAAUCUGAUUUUCACUAUAAUGGUUAAUCUCUGAAUCCUUUUAAAAUUCCCUUUUAUAACAUUACAAAAAAAAAACUAUUUCUAGUGGUUUUAAUACUUUUAUGUUCCACUGACCUGAUAAAAGUACAAGUCUUUUUGUUCAAUUCUGAGUUCACAACAGAUUUGAAGCGUUUAUAUUUUUCAUUAGACUUGUAAUUAGAAAGUUCUUAUAUUAUGCACCAGAUGUCUUUUUUUUUUAGUAAUUUUUAUAUGCAUGAAAGUUAAAAAAAGCUUAUUUACAGCCAGUUUCAAACCAAAGCUUGCUUAAUCCUUUUUGUCAGCAAAUAUCCUCUUAUCAUUUUUAGCCAGUUCAAAGCAGUAUUUUGUGUAGCUUGAGAAAACCCAAUAAUAACCUUUUCCCCUCUAUAACCAGAUGCCAUAAUUUCUUGAACUUUAAAGCUGCAGAGUUUGGAGGCUGUUAUGUUUAAUAUGUAGUUUCAUGUUUUGGAAAUCUUCUAAAAUAAGAUAAAAUUACUGUAAUGUAAUGUCUUUAAUAGCUCAUAAGAAAACAGUUUUUCCCCAUUGUUUUUUUUAGCUAACAGUUCCUACAUGUUUGCACUGACAGUUUUAAUGGCAUCAAAGCCAGGGACACCCAGAUAAAUUGGAGAAAGCCAGGUCUGUAACCAUUGUGGUUUAUAUUUACAGUGCUUGGUAACUAAUUCAACACAUGUUAAAGCUCUGACCUGAGGUAGAGACAGCUAUGCACCCAAACCCUCAUUAUUUUGUCUUAAGGAGUUUGUUUAAUAGUUUUUGGGGCUUUCUCAUAAAUCUAUAAUAGCAGAACAUUAUUUUACACACUAUCAACAUGUUGAAUGUUUUUUUUAUUGUAUGUUUUUCCUCAGUUUUAUUCUUUUAAGCAAAUAAAUAUAUUCUUGUUGAAGUUCUUGAUAGUAUAUAUAUCUAUAUAGUAUAUAUAUCUAUUUUUGCUUAAUUAUAAUCACAAUUAAUGUGUUUUGACACAAAUGAAUGUGAAACCCAGCUACUGUCAUUGUGGAGUCCCAAUGUGAUGUAACGGUAGAAUGUUGUUUAAUUUUAAUGCUAGAUCCCUAAAUGAUUUACCCUAUAUUUUAAAUAUUAUCAGAGUUUAGGUUAAGCGCUUGACAAGAUCUGUUUGGAAAAUCUGAAUUCUGUCCUCCAUUUCUUUUAAUAAAUGUUUGA